AAAGCAGGACAUCUCCUCUGCUUCAUGACCAACCCACAGGGGUCCAUUAUGCUGCUCGGACAGUACAGAUGGGCGUUAGACGUUAGGACCGCGCAGACUCGGCGGCUCGCGCUCUGGCUAGUGUAACACCAACCGGUUGUAAACGUACAGCAUUGGAUCGGUGCUGCUUCUUUCUCUGCCUUGAGCCCAAGCAGAACUUAUUUAACAGCCGCAGCUGAGGCACGAGGUCUGGUGUGGAUGGAGUUUGGGAGGCGCUUCCAGUGCGUCCUGCACGCGUAAAAACCCGCCUUUUGUGUGCGUUUGUUCUACAGACAGGGAAAGUCUUCAGGCAGACUUUUCACGCGCGUGUGCGUGUGUGCAUGCUUGUUUUCUCUCUCUCUCUCUCUCUCUCUCUCUCUCUCUCUCUCUCUCUCUCUCUCUCUCUCUCUCUCUCUCUCUCGUUGUUUCUUUCCGCGCUUGUACAGCUAGAGCAGAAGGGACUGCUGCAGUUUCCCCCUUCUUCUUUGUCGUCCACUGUGGAGGAUCCGUGGAUAUAAUACAGGAUGAAUUCGGACAUUAACAUGUACCUGGGACGGGAGAAAGCAGGACUCAUGAGAAAAAGAGCCCUCCUAUUGAGGAAAGGCUGCAGCUUUGAGAUUACAAGCUCUGCGUCUGAAGACCUGGGCUGCAGGAGGGGUGAGUUUAGCAGGAAGCACUACGGAUCAGUGGAACUGCUGAUCUCCAGCGAUGCAGACGGAGCCAUACAGAGAGCCGGAAGAUUCAGGGUGGAGAACGGUUCUUUAGACGAGAACAUGGACUACACUCCAGGAACCUGGAGGAGAACCGAUGUCCAUCUGGAGAACCCAGAGUACCACACCAGAUGGUUCUUCAAGUACUUCCUGGGAAAAGUCCAUCAGAACUACGUGGGAGUGGAUGCUGAAAAAAACCCCUUCUACUUAUCUGUGGUUUUGUCCGACCAGAACAACCAGAGGGUUCCCCAGUACCGAGCAAUCCUUUGGCGUAAAUCGGGUACUCUUAAGAUUAGCCUUCCUUACAGCCCUACAAAAACUCUGUCAGUCAAAUCUAUAUUAAGUGCUAUGAACAUGGAGCGCUUUGAGAAGGGUCCUAGAGAGAUCCUCAACCCAGAGAUCCAAAAGGACUUACUGGUACUGGAGGAGCAGGAGGGCAGCGUAAACUUUAAAUUUGGAGUCCUCUAUGCCAAAGAUGGCCAGUUGACGGAUGAUGAAAUGUUCAGUAACGAGACAGGAAGUGAGAACUUUGACAAGUUUUUGAAUCUGCUCGGUGACACAAUUUGCCUGCAAGGCUGGGCUGGUUACAGAGGAGGCCUGGACACUAAAAAUGACACUACAGGAAUACACUCCAUCUACACAGUAUAUCAGGGUCAUGAGCUCAUGUUCCAUGUAUCCACCAUGCUACCUUACUCUAAAGAGAAUAAGCAACAGGUGGAGAGAAAGAGACACAUCGGGAAUGACAUCGUCACCAUCGUAUUCCAAGAAGGAGACGAUGCCUCACCAUCUUUCAAGCCCUCCAUGAUCCGAUCUCAUUUCACACAUAUUUUUGCCUUAGUUAGAUACAAUAGUCAGAAUGACAGCUACAGGUUGAAGAUUUUCUCGGAAGAGAGCGUGCCGUUGUUCGGACCUCCUCUUCCAUCGCCGCCAGUAUUUACAGACCACCAGGAGUUCAGGGACUUUUUACUAGUCAAAUUAAUAAAUGGAGAGAAAGCCACACUUGAGACACCCACUUUUGCUCAGAAACGUCAGCGGACUCUUGACAUGCUGAUUAGAUCCCUGUAUCAGGACCUCAUGCCAGACCUGCACAAGGUUCCGUUUUCUCCACAGAACAUGUUAAACCGUCGCUCCUUCAGUGACGUGCUGCCUGAAUCACCCAAGUCGGCCCGCAAGAAGGAAGAGGCACGCCAGGCCGAGUUUGUCCGGAUAGGGCAGGCACUGAAGUUGAAGACCAUAGUGAGAGGAGACGCGCCUACUAGUCUAGUAAACACGGGUCUUUGCAGGAAAGAGCCGUGGGAGUCUCAGUCGUUCUGCAGUAGCUUUGCACAUGAAAUCGUCUGUGGCGAUUCCUGGGGACAGUCGUUAUUAGUAGCCACUGACUCAGCCGGGGUCAUGCUGUUAGAGGCCUCAGAUCCCUUGCUUUCCACUGCAGACUCUCCAUCCCUGCCUCCGGUUCAAGUGAUCGAUAAGACUCUGUCCGUCAAACAAAUGCAUGUUCUCGAACCACAAGAUCUCCUCAUUACGAGGGCUGAUAAAGGGAAAGACGCUCGUCUCUACGUGUACAAACUGAGCGCUCUCAAGCGAGGAAUAGAGGAGCGGCAACUCGUGCGCACCAAAUGUGACAGCAGAGAGAACAAACUGGAAAAAACCAAGGGUUGCCAUUUGUAUUCCAUAAACACCCACCAUGGAGUGGAGCUACGCAUCGUGGCAGCAAUUAGGAACAAGCUCCUCCUAAUAACAAGGAAACACCCUCGACUCGACUGCCUCAGCUGCGUCAGCACAAGCAUAGGAACGAGUGAUUCCCCUAUUGAGGAGUUCCAGUAUAUCCGGGAAAUCUGCUUGUGUGAUUCUCCGGUUGUCAUGGCGCUGAUCGAUGGGCCAACAGGAGAGAAUGAUCACAUGAUCUGCGUGGCAUACAAACACCAGUUUGACCUGAUCAAUGAGAGCACAGGGGAUGCCUACAGGCUGCACCAUGUGGAGUCCAAUCGGGUAAAUUUUGUAGCGGCUAUAGACGUGUAUGAAGAUGGAGAGGCUGGGUUACUGCUCUGCUAUAACAAUCUCUGCGCCUAUAAGAAGGUGUGUCCAUUCAAUGGGGCCACACCUAUGAUUCAGCCCAACUCUUCAGACUUUCACUUCAGCUGGAAUCAAAUGCCGAAUGGUAUUGUGUGUGCAUUCCCCUACAUUCUGGCCUUCACCACUGACUCCAUAGAGAUCCGACUGGUGGUCAAUGGAAACUUGGUUUACACUGCUGUAGUCCCAGAACUUCAUCUGAUUGCAUCUAGGUCUGACAUUUACUUCAUAUCAUCAGCUCCAGUAAACUCUGCCUCCAACUGUAGCUCUAGAGACACCAGUUCCCAGAGUUCUCCUCAGACUCCAACAGGCUAUGAGAUGCCCAUUUUCCCCUCACCUCUUGGAGACGAUUGUAUUCGGAUCCCCUAUGGCACCAAGCUUUCCCUCUACAUGUCUAAAGAUUCUGAAGGCGAAGCUCCUUCCAAACACAUCUAUAAGAUCCCACUCUCUAACCUAGUGGGGCGAAGCAUAGAGAGGCCACUUAAAUCACCAUUAGUCAGUAAGAUGCUUAUGGGUGCAGCACCUGGAGUGAUAGGACCCACCACCGUGAUCUCGACCACACCCUCUCUCUCAAUGUCUCGCAUGGAGAUCAAAGAGAUCGCCAGCCGAACAAGGAAAGAACUGCUGGGUUUAGCCGAAGAACCCAGCACCAAGUCAGACAGUGGCUCCACGAAACAGAGGAAGACAAGCAGGAAAACAAAGGAGGAAGAAAAAAGGAGACCAGCAGGGAUCGCCAGCACUGAGCAAGUCGGGUUGGAGUGUGUCGACGGCGACAUCGAUAUUCAACGGCAUUGUUCCUCUGGCUCAGAGGCAGAGCCCCAUGAAGGUAGCCCACCCCUGACCAGCACUUUAACACUCUCCGCAUCCUUCGAAGAGGAAAUUCUAGACCUGAAGUGAUGACAAUCCCGCAGUGUGUCUUCUGUAGCCCCUUCCUAACUUUACCUGCGUGCUAAUUGUUGUUUUUUAUUUGACAUUUUGUUAUUUGAUUUAUUUUUUUUUACUUUUGUAUCUGUCCACAUCUACACAAUGUGAUGUAGAAAUGGAACCACAAAGCUUUGCACCCGAGUGAGUUUACAAUAACCAGUGUGAUAGGAAGGUUACAAUGCACUGUGUGCGCGUGUGUGUACUGUACGUGUGUGUGUCUGCUCAGUGAGACUCAAGCUGAAAUUAGCAACAGUCAUAAUAUCAAAAUGCUGUAAGGAAAAGAAAAAGCUAAGCUCUGGGAUAAGAAUUUGAUUUGACUUAAUCCUUUCUGAAGUAACUCACAGGGCCUCAAUCAGGUUUUAACGACUCUCGAAACCCCCAAUGAUACCAUAGCCAUGGAACACUUAAGGUCCUAGCUUAUAUUUCCAGGUCGCAGGAUGAGUUCCAAAGCAUAGCAUAGCAACCAAACCUGAAUGUAAAUCUGAAGCACCAAAAUCAGAUUAUCUGUCUAUUUAUCUGUCAAAUUGCACACUUAUUAUUUCAGUUAAAAGAUAGAAACUAUAUAUAUAAAAUGUUAUACAAACACACAAAUCCUUUCUUAAAUAUAUUUAGUGCUGAAACAUUAAUAAAGGAUAUCGGUAAGUUACUGUAAAUGUUAUGUUACACCCAAGUUAACAAUCUUGACCCGCACACCUUUUGCAAACAGGGCAGAAGUCUCCCACAAGUGCCAUUUUCCUACUACAACUCCCAUUAGCAGCGUUAUAUCAGACUGGACAUUGACUACAUCUCCCAUGAGGCAAGUAGUUCCACCUAGAAACCACUACCUAUAGCUGUUCCAAUUAAGCGGAGACAACAAACUUUGUUUCAUUAGCACGUGUGAUACUAUGAAAGUGCACUCUUAAAUAAAAUAAAAAAAAAAGGUUUUUGCCUCUGGAUUUAAAGGGCUCCCGAACACCUGCAUGCCUCCCUUAAAAUCAAAUUACAAACUGAAAAAGGGAUUUUGUAUACUGAAACCUUAGAAUUAGAAUUUGAUACCUUCACAAGCCACAGACAGUUUACAUAGAAGGGAAUAAUUCAUAUAAAUGUCAGCUAAGGGUUUAAAUUCAGACUAUAAAGAAAGGAAGUUCGAUAAUUGUGAACUGGUAACCUAUGUUUAUGGCCCGUGAAACAUUGGCAUACAUAGACAUAGGAAAGACAGUGCUGGAAUCGUGUUACGCUUAACGCAUGCCCUCUCUUCAUUUUUUUCUGACUCUGUAUUCGCCUCAACAAACGUAAUCCUAAACUAGUAGUAACCUGAUUGAAAAACGAAAUUGUGCGACUAUUUUUUCUGCACAUAUAGAUCGUCAGUGUAUUACUGUUGCACUGCAGUUUUUAUCCUUGCCUGUUGAUUAAAGGAGUGAACAGUGCUUUCAACUGACGGAAGAUGUUUCUAGUUUUACAUUUUUGUUCUCUUCGCCUCCGGUCCCUCCGUUUGCCCGAUCCGCGAUUGUCGUUGUUUUCACAGUGGGUUUUGUAUUUGAAUCAAUAUUAUCUGUUUAGACUGUCGCUGAAUCUGUUGCUGAUAUUGAAAUUAAAACAAAAAAAAGAAAAAAAAAAAA